AGCGAAACAAACAGCUACGAAUGCCCGUGGGCGGUGGGCAGUGUGCACGAUCGAACAAACCCCGUCGCGCACGGCCCCGCAUCCUCGCGGGUCGUUGGCGCCUCCUCAAUCGACGGCCGCGCCCAGGGCCCCGGCCGCCUAGGGUUUCCGGCGCGGCGGCCAUGGAGAACCUCAUCUCGCUCGUCAACAGGCUGCAGCGCGCGUGCACCGCCCUCGGCGACCACGGCGAGGAGAGCGCGCUCCCCACCCUGUGGGACUCGCUACCGGCCAUCGCCGUCGUCGGCGGCCAGAGUUCGGGUAAAUCAUCGGUGUUGGAGAGUGUCGUUGGGAAGGAUUUCCUACCUCGGGGUUCAGGAAUUGUUACAAGGCGACCCCUGGUUCUGCAACUCAACAGGAUUGAUGGGCCAGGAGAAUACGCAGAGUUCAUGCACCUUAAGAAGAAAAGAUUUACAGAUUUUGCCCUAGUGAGGAAGGAGAUUGCAGAUGAAACUGACCGAGCGACUGGUCGCACAAAGCAAAUAUCAACUGUGCCCAUUUAUUUGAGCAUAUAUUCCCCAAAUGUUGUUAACCUUACUCUUAUUGAUCUCCCUGGGCUUACUAAGGUAGCUGUUGAGGGUCAACCUGAUAGUAUUGUGCAUGACAUUGAAAACAUGGUCAGCUCAUUCAUUGAAAAGCCCAAUUGCAUCAUUCUUGCAAUUUCUCCAGCCAACCAGGAUCUUGCAACUUCUGAUGCAAUAAAGAUUUCACGGGAAGUUGACCCAAAAGGUGAAAGGACCUUUGGUGUGCUUACAAAAAUUGACCUAAUGGACAAGGGCACAGAUGCAGUUGAUAUACUAGAAGGAAGGUCGUAUCGACUACAGUAUCCAUGGAUCGGUGUUGUCAAUCGUUCCCAACAAGAUAUAAACAAGAAUGUAGACAUGAUCGCUGCUAGGAUUAGAGAGCGUGAAUAUUUUGCAAGUACUCCAGAAUAUAAACACCUUGCUCACAGAAUGGGAUCAGAGCACUUAGCAAAGAUGCUUUCUAAGCAUUUGGAAUCUGUUAUUAAAUCAAGAAUUCCAGGGAUCCAGUCUCUAAUAACCAAGGCCACUGCAGAGCUAGAAACUGAACUCUGUCAUCUUGGAAAACCCAUUGCCGCAGAUUCUGGAGGAAAGCUGUACACUAUUAUGGAAAUAUGUCGCAUGUUUGACAGUAUCUACAAGGAGCAUCUGGACGGAGCGCGUUCUGGUGGUGAGAAGAUCUAUUAUGUCUUUGACAACCAAUUUCCAGUGGCUCUUAAACGGUUGCAAUUUGAAAAACAUCUUGCAAUGGAAAAUGUAAAGAAGCUUAUAACACAAGCCGAUGGAUACCAACCACACUUAAUAGCUCCCGAGCAAGGAUACAGGCGUCUUAUAGAGUCCUGUCUAGUAAGUAUCAAAGGCCCAGCUGAGGCAGCUGUUGAUGCGGUCCAUGGAAUACUUAAGGAGCUAGUUCACAGGGCUAUCAAGGAAACACAUGAGUUGAAGCAGUUUCCAACUCUUCGUGUGGAAGUAAGCAGUGCGGCUUUUAAAGCAUUGGACAGAAUGCGGGAUGAGAGCAAGAAAAAUACACUCAUACUUGUUGAUAUGGAGUGCAGCUAUUUAACUGUAGAUUUCUUUAGGAAGCUUCCUCAAGAUGUUGAGAAGGGAGGAAGUCCAACACAAUCCAUCUUUGAUAGAUACAAUGAGUCAUAUCUCAGACGAAUUGGUACUAAUGUACAGGCGUAUGUCAACAUGGUAUGCUCAAGCUUGAGGAACUCCAUCCCCAAAUCUAUUGUUCAUUGCCAAGUCCGCGAGGCGAAGCGCUCACUGCUUGAUCAUUUCUUUACGGAGUUGGGAGCAAGAGAGACCAAGCAGCUUUCUAAGCUUCUUGAUGAGGACCCUGAGGUCAUGGAGCGCAGAGCAAAGCUUGUCCAGAGGUUGGAGCUAUAUCGGAGCGCCCAGGCAGAAAUCGAUGCGGUUGCAUGGGCCAAGUAAUCUCGUCUCCUUGACCAGAUUCCGCGUUUUUCAGCUGAUUUUUGGUUUGGCCAGAAAUAUAGCUCUUUCGUGGGUUCAUCUGUUUAGGUAGAUCAUGGUGUUCAGGAGCAUAGACAUCAGCUAGACCUUUUUGUUAUCAAGAAGUUCUAUUUCAUUUGGCGUUUCUGUU